AUGGGAUCAGUGCAGAUCAAGUCCCAUGAUAUCCUCAUCAUCGGCGCCGGGUUGUCUGGCGUUUGCAGUCUUUAUCACUUGCGUAAACGGUUCCCCUCGUGGAACAUCAGAGUGAUUGAAGGAGCUGAUUCUGUUGGUGGAACAUGGUAUUGGAACAGAUACCCAGGUGCUCGAGUCGACUCCGAGUCGCUGUCCUAUGCCUUCUCCUUUGACAAGGAGCUGAUGAAUGAGUGGCACUGGAAGGAGUCGUUUGCACCGCAGUCGGAGAUUCUACGAUACAUUGAGCGCAUCGUUGAGAAGCAUGACUUGGCCAAAAGUAUCCAUUUCAAUACACGUGUCAAGUCCGCACGGUGGCAGGACAGCACUCAUACAUGGCUAUUCACCGAUGAAUCCGGCAAGCAGUACCAGACUCGAUUCUUCGUGAGCUGCAUGGGUUUCUUAUCAUUGCCAACUUUGCCAGCCAUCCCUGGUAUCGAGUCCUUCAAGGGCAAGGCUUUCCAUACCUCACGUUGGCCGAGAGAUUUCAAUCUCAGCCGAGACUUUGGCAACAAGCGGGUUGGCGUGAUAGGUACCGGAGCAACUGGAAUCCAGACAAUUACAGCCGUUUCCAAAGAGCCCAGUGUGAAAUCGCUGACCGUCUUCCAACGAACGGCAAACUGGUCAGCGCCUCUACGCAACGAACCGAUCAGUCUUGAACUAAUGCAAAAGCAUUGGGAGAAUUACGACGAGCUUUUCAAGCUCUGCAACGAAACACCAGCCUGUUUCAUGCAUGAAGCCGACCCACGCAAGUCCUUGGAGGUCUCUCCGGAGGAACGCCUUGCUCUUUGGGAGGAAAUCUACGCAAAGCCCGGGUUUGCAAAAUGGCUCGGUACUUUUAGUGAUACUUACACCAGUCGCGAGGCUAACAAGCUGUACUCUGAUUUUAUCGCGGAUAAGAUUCGAGCCCGCGUGAAUGACCCGAAGGUCGCGGAUAUUUUGAUCCCAAAGACUCACGGUUUCGGUACCCGGCGCGUACCUCUCGAGAGUGGUUACUUUGAGGUGUACAACCAGCCGAAUAUUCACCUCAUCGAUCUUCAACAAACGCCGAUCGAUCAGAUUAUGGAGACGGGUAUUCAGACCUCGGAUGGCAGGGUGCAUGAGCUUGAUGUUUUAAUUUACGCCACUGGCUUUGACGCCAUCACGGGUGCAUUCAGUGCCAUCGAAUGGCACGCCAAGGAUGGCCGCUCUCUUCUCGGAAGCAGCUACUCAAAGGACGGCGAAAGGGCAGUGUGGAUUGAUCACAAGCCCCAAACUUUCCUAGGUAUUACAGCACACUCAAUGCCAAACAUGUUCAUGGUUCUUGGACCACACCAGCCAUUUGGCAACGCGCCACGUACCAUCGAACAUGCAGUACAAGUCGUUUCCGAUCUACUUCAAUACUGCAAGGACAACGGUUACUCUUAUGUGGAACCUACCCAAGAGGCGGUUGAAGAGUGGACGGAGCAUGUUGUUGAGUGUAGCAAGGGUCAUCUUGCCAAAGAAAUUGAUAGCUGGAUGACUGGUGUGAACAAGAAUAUCAAAGGUAAGACUGUUCGCAGUGUGGCAAGAUAUUCGGGACAUGCGGUGGAGUAUCGUCGGAAGUGUGCUGAGUGCAAAGCGGCUGGAUGGAAGGGGCUGGUCUUUGCAUAA